AUGACGUCUCUUAAUCAGUCCGGGGAUACCAACUUUACAGUUUUCAUACGCCUCCCUUUUCCUCGGGGUGACUUUGUGGAUCCUCCACCUGCAAGUGCUGAGUGGAACGCAGCAAAAGACCAAGCUCUCUGGGACCUACUAUCGCGGCCCUCUAAGGGCGAUGAUAUAGAUUGGAAAGCAUUAGCCGAACGAUUCGAUGUAACUCUCCAGUUUCUCCUCCAGCAAGCAGCAUGGUUGUAUGAUCGCCAAUUAUCCCAAGUCCGCGCGCAGAUGCGCAAGGUGGGCACCACUCAGUCAAGUUCCCCGUCCCCUGUGCCUGGUUCGGUAUCCGGAAGCACAGCGCUCGGCGGCCAAUCAGCCAAAGGUGGCCCUGGUGCAGCCCCACGAGUUCAGAGUCGUCUAUCCUCACAACAAAAAGAUACUCUGCCUCAGCGAGGUCCGCCACCACGUCGCACAAGCUCGGCAACUACAAUAAACCAAAUCAAAACUUCGAGGGAAUCGCCCCGCACUGAAACCCCUGUGGAGUUCAAAGAUUCACGCUGGGAGAGCUUCAACCGGCGUUCAUCAGCAAGCAAGCGGGACCAGGCUCCAGUUCCAUCGGCACCCGUACACAAAUCGCCCACCCUUGAGGAAGAAGAUCUAAGUUCAAGCUCGUCCUCGUCCUCGUCAGACGAAGACGACGGGCUAGCCAGUAGACGAGGACUACGAUUUCGACGAUUCGGCAAAUUUUCUACGCAUCGACCUGGUCUUCGUGACGACGACGAAGAAGAUGAGGACGAUGCACCCGCGUUUCUUCCACUUUCCCGAGCCCAGCCUGGAGCUGCACGAGACCCAUCAGCGCAGGAUCUCAAUGAAACUCUCCGGUUGCAAGAUGAAGAUCAAACCGAGCCCGACGCCGUACGGGCUCCAGUGGCAAUCCAACGUCGGGGAGUCAAUAGUAUUCCAUCACCGUUGAGUCCACGACGGACGGCAGAACUGGCUCGCGCCAGUCCUCGGAGAAUGAACAAUUCCGGAAGGGAGAUGAGUGAUGGUACCCCGAGUAUGGAAAGUAGCUUCAGUGAACUAGAUGACACAAGUGUUACACAAUCGGCACUUGAGGAGGCUCUCCUGAGUAAUAUGCAACAUGGUGGCAUGGCGAGUCGCAUGAGUACGAUCAGUCAGGCAAUACGGAGUCGGUAUUUUGAGGGUUGA